GUCGAACUCUUCCCUCAAGAAUAGGUCGUCGUCCAUCGCGGUAGACUCAGCUAAGGGGUCAAAGGGAUCACUCAUUGACUCACCCUGAUCCAGGAGAUUCACGAAUCCAAAGAUGAGAACCAGAUAGCAUUACCAAACCGAUUGUUUCUCUCACUGAAGAUGAUGAAGAAAUAUCUCCUGAUUUGAGCGAUUUACUUCCAAAGAUUCGUAAGAUUAUAGAUCAAAAUGUCAUGAAACCUGUUGAUCCCGAGUUAUGUCAGUUGUUAAAGUUAUUGAGUGAAGGUCUGAGUAUUGCUGACAGACAGGAUGGAUUUUCCAAGUAUUUACGUGAUCAAGAAAAAAUGCAUCUACCAGCCUCAUCUACAUCACACAGAGAAAUCAUGGAGAUGGUUAGUUCAUUGAAUGUAUUUUUGGCUAAGCUGACUUUAACUGCUGACACUGUUGACCAAAUGUGAUUUUACAGAAAAACAAGACAUUGAUUCACAACCAUGAUCUAAAUACUCAACCCUCUGAAGAUAUUAAUUUUGAUGGAUAAGAAUCUGAAGGCAUCUGUAAAGCGCCAUGUUCCGGUGUGUGUAUCUGUGUGUGUUUGAAUCUAAAAGUGAUUGAAUUUCUGUAAUUGUGUACAUAAAUAACAGCGAGGAAAUUACACAAUGGAAAAUGAAAAAUUCGAUUUACAGUGAAAGCAAUUUAAUACCCUUUUUGAAUAAAAUGGAAUUUUAUACUGAGUUAUUACUUUUUUCCUCUCAAACUAUUAUUGACAUAAUUUGUGUUGUCGCUAUGUGUAUGUUUACAGCCUGAAGUCGACAGUUACUGUAGUCCAUAACAUAUCAGUUGGACAAAGUCAACAUAGGUAAUGAACUACUAAAAUAGAGUUGGGGACUGACAGAUAAGCAGGAAGAAUUUGUCCUGAAUUUUUUUUAAAAAACGUAGAACUUUGUAUAAAAGUGCAGUAGUUUAGUUAUCUAGAAUUUAUAUUAGUUAGUUUACUUGCUGUAUGCAAGAUAUUAGUGUUUUUAUCUCUCCUAUUAUUUAGCCGCCACUAUCAUACUAGUUAG